AGGCAUUAUAGACUCUUGAGGUCUGACGUAAUGUUGUUUUCAGUUCAACUUGGUGCUGGUGUAAUGUGGGAGCGGUUGCGGUGCUCUGCAGAUUCCCUGCAAUCUAUGCCUGAGGGCACAGUGUCGGACAUCGGAAGGUUCCCCUGGCUUGGUCUUGUGCAACAUAGCUUCUACCUAGCAGGCAGGGUUCAUUUUGCAAUAACUGGAGCUGUUCUCAUUCACCCUGCGUUUGCGAUUGCAGCAGCUGAAGAUAUGGCGAGGAUUGAACCUUCAGAAAUCAAGAACAAUACGAAGCUAAUUCUUUGGGGCAGCAAGGGCAAUGAGAAGCAGAAGUUCGCAGUAGAUGUCAUGGAUUAUAUACUACAUCCGCAAUACCAAAAUAGAGUGACACUUGCCACCAUUGCACUUCUGGACUUAGUCGGGUGGAGUGAAUCACAGAUGAACGACUGGAAAGCCCCGGUGUUACCUAUUUGCAUGCCUGUGAAAGGAGGUGGACUUUUCACUGAUAUGUACGCAAUAAAAUUUACAGAUACAACGAAGGAAAUGCAGAAAGAGGUAUAUAAAAUGAAAUUUGUGGACGACCAAGACUGUGAAGAGUUUUAUUAUAAGGCUCAGUUAUCAUUUGGAAAGACGAAUCCGGUGAAUCCGUUGUGUGCUGUGGCCGUGUCAGGGAAUGUUACAAUGCCAUGUGUAUGGGACGCGGGUACCGUACUAGUUACCAGACAGUCAUGGGGUUUCUGGAAACUGCUGGGUUUCGCCGUCAGAAGCCCCGGUUGUAAAGCUCCAACCCGGUUCCUAAACAUUCACGACUACUUACCCUGGAUUAAUGAUAUCAUCACUCGGAAACCCUAUGAAGAUUAUGAGGACGUAUACAAGUUAGCUAUGCGUAGACUUUCUCCAUAUAAAUUCAUUUUGUUUAAAGGUGAUGCCAAAAUACCAAAAAGUUUGGGGCAAUGUUCAAGGAAAGCUCGAGGUGCUAUCCUUUACAAAGACAGUUCUGAAUUUAACACUAACAGUAAUCUUGCCCAAGGAUUUUUCCACGUCGUGGUUAGUCAGAUAGCUAGUUUUAGGUGUGUCGAAGUCUCCCUGGAUUGUAAAAUGAGAACAAAUGCUGCUAUUUGGUUGGAACACAACUGCCACCCUGACAUGAUGGGACUUGCUUACAAUCAGUCCAGAGGUGGAGACAGAGAAAGAUUGCUAUGCUUCGUUUACUUCAAGACAUCUGCGUUUGUCGAGGUUCGGUUUAUUUUUUCGUUUUCAGCAAUGAUUGACGUUACUCUAUUCGGUAACGAGGAAUCACCGAGAUUUAUUCCAAAUCCUUUCAAGUCAUCACAACAUACUACAGCUUGGUGGCCGACUGAUAGACUGCUAAUAAUGUCGCAUUGGACCCCAACAAAUACAUGGUGGUAUGGUUUAUAAAAUAUAUA